AUGCAUAUCUCGGGCAUCAUGAAGCUCUCCCUCCUCACUUUUGCUACUCUAAGCUUUGCUGCACCAACUCCGAUUACUACUCCAAUGGGCGCAGCGGUUGAGUACGCUCGUGCUGCUCAAGAUGUUCCAAUCAAUCUUGUUGAGCUUAGCAACAAGCGUGAUGGUCCUAUCGAUCUUAUUCAACUUCCUGAGAAGCGCGAUGGUCCCAUUGAUUUGAUCCAACUUCCAAAGCGCGACAGCCCAACUAAUCUUGUUCAACUAACCGAGAAGCGUCAAGAUUCUCCAAUUAACUUGAUUCAACUUCAUGGAAAGCGUCAGGAUGCGCCAAUUGAUCUUUCCAAGCUCCCUGAAAAGCGACAAGACUCACCAAUCAAUCCUGUCGAACUGAGUAACCGCGAAACCACCAAGUAUAGGUCCAUUCGCUCUCGCAACGCCCAAGAUGCUCCCAUCAAACUUAUCCAACUUCCUGGGAAGCGUCAGGAUUCCCCCAUCAACCUUGUUGAACUCAGCAACCGCGCCGAAACUGAGCUCCUAGCAGCACGACAAAAUGACUGCGGUUCUUCACCUUACCAAAACCAAGAAUGCAACGCUGGCACAGGCUUGAGCAUUCCAGCAUUUGCUGUAAUCGCUAUGGCUUUAUGCGCCAUUAUGAUAGUUUAA